AUGAAGUAUGGAGUAACGCUGUUACCAACGUCGUUUGAGUCGUUGCGGAAACACGUUCGCCUGGCCGAAGCGGUGGGUUUUGACUACAUCGGUAUCGCCGACUCGCAAUCGCUGUUCCGGGAACUGUUCGUAUCGCUGACGGUAGCCGCCACCGAAACGACACGUGUGCACCUGGGGCCAUCGGUCACCAAUCCGUUGACACGUCAUCCGGCGGUGACGGCUUCGGCGAUUGCGUCGCUGCAGGAAUUGUCAGAAGGCCGGGCGUUUUUGGGCAUCGGGACCGGAGAUAGCGCGAUACUGAAUCUGGGAUUGCGACCGGCUCGGAUGAGAGCGCUGCGCGAAUACGUUACAACGGUGCGUUCGAUGCUCAACGGUGAAACGGUCGAGUAUUUGGGACGGGAGGGUCACGUACGAUGGAGUCGGGAUCCGGUGCCCAUCAUGAUGUCUGCGGAAGGGCCGCGUACGCUGCGCAUGGCGGGAGAGAUCGCUGACCGGGUGAUGGUGCAUACCGGCCUGACGCGCGAAGUGCUGGACGACACGGUGGAACACAUUCGCGCCGGAGAAAUUGACGGUGGGAAGGCAGCCGGCAACUCGGAGAUUUGGGCAUUUGCCAAAUGCAAUAUCGGUGACGACCGGAACGCUGCCAUCGACGAGAUCAAGAUGGCGUUGGCCGCCAGCGCGCAUCAUGCCUUCCGCUUUACGCUGGAGGGCAAGCAUGUUCCCGAAGAGUUGCAUGAAGCGCUCAUGGCCAUACAGGGUGAAUACGUACCCGCCGAGCACGAGCAGGUAGGUGACACGCGAAACGCCGCGCUUUCCGACGAACUGGGCGUUACCGACUACCUGGCGGACCGGUUUGCCGUCGUUGGUACGCCAGGCGAAUGUCGCGAAAAGGUUCGCCAGAUCGUUGCCUCAGGCGUCGACGUGCUCCAGAUUACAGCCAUCAGCCACGAUCCGGCGGAAAUAAUCCGGCGGUUCGGGGAAGAAAUUAUCGCCCGUUGA